GUUUUCCAGGAAUGCUUUUUCCGCAGUAAAUUUCACUCGAAUUGGGUAAUAAGUAUUGAUAUUGACGAGAGAUUAGUUAUGACCGAAAUGCCAUUGAUUUCAUUUGUCAGAGAACAAGCUCCAAAUAUAUGUGAAAUAAACUUUGGAAGUCGUAGAGUUCAAAAAUUAUACGAUGAUCCUUUGAAAUUUACAUCAAUUGACGAAACACGUGCUUCCCUUUCAUUUCUUCGUUACAAUUUGACAACUACUCAUAGAUGGAAAGCAUUUAAAUCACUUUUUCAACCAACAAAAGUUCAUGCAAUUACAUUUCAUUAGACUAUUCGACAACAUGAAGAAUGUAAAAUAAAGACAGCUCCACGGUAAAUAGGAUAUGUCAGACAUUACCGUACAACUGCUUCCACGAGUUUGGCUGGAUCUUGGAUAAGAAUAUUCAGGCCAUACACUACUAGUCAAAUGGACUCUGAAUUUUCGAAAGUACUGGAAGAGAAGGUUGUGAAGCGAGGUGAAUUUAUUUAUAAACAACAUCCUGUUUUCUGCGAAUCAAUUGAUUUUAAGAUUAGAAAACGAUUUCCAAAUGAUCUACACUGUGUGAACUG